CAAAUUUGUUCUCAUAUUAUUACAUGCAAGUAGAAACUUUGUUGUUUGGUGUAGUUGCUUAUUGGUUAAUGGAAUACAAUCGUGAUUCGUGUAUGUGGUAUUGAGAAAAUCUAACUCGGGUGGUUCUUACAUUGAUAAUUUUGUCAAAAAGUUUUAUUAUUUGGUCUGUGAAUUUCAUCAGUACCCAUAUGACUCGUUCCCAUGAAGUAACGGUAAUCGGUAUUUGCUUUUCAAAAAUCUCUUUCACAGAGUUCCAAUUGGGAUAUUGUGGGUUGUGUUUCAUGAGGAACUUGGACUGUAGUUUGUUGAAAUUGGGAUAAAAUCAUGGCUAUGAGUCAUGUCAAAACAUUUAGAAGCAUUAUCAAUACCAGCGAAGCAGUUGGGAUAGUGUCACGACGAACAUUUGCUAUUGGGGGCGGUAAAGCAAAGAAGGGUUCAAAAGGUGCUGCUCAAGGCGAUGCACCAAAAGCAUCAAAUCUGGACAAAGAAGUUAAGUCUACUACAGUUGUCGGAGCAAAUAUUCUCAAAGACGGAACAGAUCCUAAGAUCUUGCCAGAUGCUGAGUACCCUGAUUGGUUGUGGCGUCUACUUGAUAAACGCCCAGCAUUGAGUGAAUUAAGUAGGAAGAACAUUGAAACUCUCCCUUACGAAGAUCUCAAACGCUUUGUUAAGCUGGAUAACCGAGCAAGGAUUAAGGACAACAACUCUCUUAAGGCCAAGAACUAGUUAGAUAUUUUUUGGUUUGCAAAGAAAUGAACUGAAAAUCAUCAUCAUCAAAAAGGCUGCUUCUGGGUUCGUGUAUGAUUCCAGGGCAGGUUAGAUGUACUUUUCUGUGGAAAUGCUCUUUUGUAUGUUUUGAGUAAUCUCAGUCUUGGAAUUAACUUUUAUUGAUUGCCUCUUCACUGAACAAAUUGGGAAAAA